AUGAAUAUUUUACAAUAAAAUUACAAUUAAGAACCUUAAGAGACAAUUUGUAAAACUCACAAUUUGGAAUUUAUUGCAGUUGACUUAGACAUGUCAGAUAAAUCAUAAAUUAAAUUCUUUUGUGGUAAGUGUCUAGUUGAUAAAUUAAAUAAUAAUAAAGUGACAACCAUUGAGUAGUCGAAGGAAAGAAUAAAAUAAAUAAAGACUUAAUAACAAGAAAUAAAAACUAAAGAGAAUUAAACAAGACUCAACUACUAUAAAAAUAUUUUAGAUUAAAUAAUGGAUUUUAAAAGAUCUAUAUAUGAUUCUUUAGAAAAGAUUCAUAAGUAAAUAUAAUAAUAUAUGUUUCCAAUAUAAAAAGAAAAAUAAGAUUUACAAGAAAAUUAAUAUCAAUUGAAUUAUUUCGAAGAUAUCAAAUAAUUGUCAGAAUUAUAUUCUUCCGAUUAAUAGUAAUCAAAUAAUUUAAUUGAAGAUAAAUAUUUUAUAGAUGAAUUAACAAAAUAAUUUGAAUUAUCGUUUAAUAAUGCUGAAUAUUUUUAGACAUUAGAUACAUUUAAGAAUACAAAACAAAUAAUUUAAGAUCUAAUGGAAAAUAAUAUUAUUGAAUUACAACCAUUAUUAUAGACAAAGAAUGAAUAUGUAAUUAAUUAAUUUUAUUAUUAAUUUAAUAGAAAACACCAAGCUUAAAUAGAAUUUGUGUGAAUCAUAAAAAAGAAAUCAUUAUGAUUGAUAUGGAUUCUUAGAAUAAGAAAAUUGAGGAUAGAUUAGUUUGUGUUGAUUGUAUAUCUGAAAAUCCAUAAAUAAAAUAUUAAACAAUUGAAAAUAUUAAUAAAUAAUGGAUAGAUUACAAUUCAGAAUCUUAAAAUAUAUUAUUACAAUAUUAAAAGGAAAGUAAAAAUAAAAGAUGCGAUUUAUUUAAUUAAAUUGCUUCAAUGAGAAAAAAUUAUAAUUAGAAAUUAAAUGAAAUUAGUGAUAAAUUAAUCUCAGAAUAAUUCUAAUCAAUACAUAAAAACAAAGAUUUAAAUUAUAUAAAGAGAGUUUCAAUAUAGUCUUUAGAAGGUGAAUAAUUAUUAAAAGACUUAAAAUAAUUAAUUGAAAAAGAAAAAGUUUCUUAAAAUUAAACAAUAACAAGCUUUAAAAAUAAAGAUACAAUUUUUCAGAAAGAAAUUUAAAAUCAUUUAGAGUCAUUAAAAUAAUAUGAUUAAUUAGAUAUUUAAUAAUCAAUAGAUAUACUCAAAGAAAUACCAAGUAUUAAAAAUUUAAAUCUUUUUAUUAGUUGAAAGAAAUAUAAUUUUAUAAUUAUCAGAACAUAUCUAAUAAUUAUCUAAAUGUAUAUAGACAAAAGAUGAAAAUUAUCAAAAUUAUAUCGAAUUUAUUAAGGAAGUCUAAGAAUUUAUUGAUUAGGCUAAAAAAUACUAAUGUUAAAUAAAUUUAUUUUAUUAGACGAUUACUUUAUUUUAAUAGCAUUCUAAUAAGAUUGAUUAAAUUUAAUAACUAAUUUAACAUAAAACUAAUAAUUAGGGUAAUAAAUAGGAAUCAAUAUUAAUACUAUAUUAGAAUCUAUCUGAAGUAUUAAAUGAUUAUAUUAUUACUUUUGGUAAUAAAAAUAAAUAAAUGAAGAAAUAUAAUAAUAUUUAAAAAUUAGAAUUAGAUUUAGUUAAAUUGACAGAAGUCAACAAAGAUCUAGAAAUUGAAAGUAAUUGUAAAAAUGAAUCAAUAGAAACAAAUUUACUUAAUCAAAUGUCCAAGUAGUUAGAUGAGAAACAUUAAGAAUAUUAAAAAGUUUUAAAGGAAUAACAAGUUUAGAGUAUUUUUAAUUUUAUUCUUAUAGAUUAAAGGAUAAUUGAUGAGAUUAAUGCCAAAUUAUAAAUAUAGGAUAAAGAAAAUUAAUAAUACAAAGUGUAAUUAGAUCAAAAAACCUAAGAAUUAAUAAAUUUGAAAAAAUAAAAUGAAGAGGAUAAAUUAUAGACUAUCAAAACUCUAGAAGAUCAAAGUAUUCUUUAUUCUAAUUACAUAUAGAAAACAAGGAAAUCACAGAAUUAAAUAAAAGAAUCAAUUAAAAGGAAUUGGAAUUGCAAGCAAUUUAAAAACAACUUGAUUAGAUUAAUCAAGAAAAGUUAUAAAAAGAAAAAUAAUAAAAAUUAGAGUUAGAAAAAGUAUGCAAUAACUUAAAUAUAUAGAUUUAAUAAUAUACUAAAGCUUUACUAUUUUCUAAUACUUAUAAGCAUUCAAAUUUUUAAAUAAGUGAAGGUGGAAAAGCUGUUGAAUGUAAUAGUGGUUACUAUUAUUGUCUUUGUGAAUAAGCAAUUCCAAAAACUGGGAAGACAAUAUUUGCAUUCUAAAUGCUAAGUGGAACAUAGUUUUUUGUUGGAAUUGGAUUCAGAGAUAUUAUAUAAAAAAAUAAUUAUAUAAAUGCAGGAGUUGGGUAUGGGUAUGGGUAUUAAAUUAAAUAAUAAUAGAUCAUAUUUAAUAAAUGAUGGUGGUAGUAUGCGCUCUCAUCAUAAUAAAGAUGUAGAAAAUAAAAAAUUUUCAUUUACUUUUACAACUAAUGAUAUAAUAAUUAUGGAAGUAAGCAUUGAACAUAAGUACAUAAAAUGGACGAGAUAGAAUAAUCCAUUAGCAACAGUUGUAACUAUCAAACUAUUAUUAGUAGUUGGAAAUAGAUACAUAUAUAUCAUAAGAAUUAUAUCCAUGUGUGUUAAUCAGUUCAUCCAAAGUUAAAAUAUUGGAUAAUAUUCCAAAUGUAGAAUUAAAAUGA